CAACUGCUGGAGAGUGCCAAGCGUCCAUAGCAACGCCCCUUUGAAAUCAGAAGGGGGAAAGACUGAAGUCAGUUCUCCCGCAGAGCGCGUCUAUGCCGCAGGAGAAGACUCUUAGGAUGGAUACCCCACCCCCCGACGAGAUCCUAGGAAAACAAAACGAAAACCUGCAAAACCAGGAUGAGGAAUUAGGGUUUAAGGAAAUGGACGGUCUGAGAGAAGCUUUGGCCAACCUUAGGGGACUGUCCGAGGAGGAGAAGGGCGAGAAGGCAAUGCUCCGCUCCCGCAUCCAAGAGCAAUCCCAGCUUAUCUGCAUCCUGAAACGCAGAUCCGACGAGGCCCUGGAACGCUGCCAAAUCCUAGAACUUCUCAACUCGGAGCUGGAAGAGAAGAGGCUGCAGGAGAUGGAGAAGUUGAAGGCCCAGAGUGAGCACGUCCAAAAGCUGGAGAAUCACUUUAUGAUCCUGGCAUCCAACCACGAGCAGAUGAUUCGCUUCAAGGAUGCGCACAAGAGUGAAAACGUCAAGUUGAAGGAGGAGAAUGCGAGGCUGAGGCAGGAAAACAACAGCCUCUUCAGCCAGGCUCUGAAAGACCAGGAGGCUAAGGUACUGGAGCUCACUACACUCAACAAGGCCCUGGUGGAGGAACUGGAGGUCUUAAAACAGAGAUGCGCUCACGAAGCCAGCAAGGCUCAGGCCCGAGAGAAGGAGCUGCUGGGCCUGCAGAACCAGCAAGCCUGUGACCAUGCCAAGGAGACCGAGGAGCUGCGCAGCCAGCUGCAGAGCAUCAAACAGCAACACCAGCAGGCCACGGAACAGAUGGGAAAGGACCAAGAGGCUAAUCUUAACCUGAACCAGGAGCUGCAGGCCAGGCUGCAGACUGUCCUGCGUGAGAAAGAGGAGCUGCUGCAGCUGUCCAUGGAGAGAGGCAAGGUGCUUCAGAGCAAACAGGCUGAGAUCCGCCAGCUUGAGGAGAAGUUGGAGUCAGCAGCCAUGGCUAAGAAGCAUGCGCUGGAACGCUUUGAGCAAGAGGCAGUGGCCGUUGAUAGCAACCUAAGAGUUCGCGAGCUUCAGCGCAGGGUAGAUGGGAUCCAGAAAGCUUACGAUGAGCUGCGUCUGCAAUCAGAAGCCUUCAAAAAGCACAGCCUGGAUCUUUUAAGCAAAGAGAGAGAGCUUAAUGCCAAACUGCGCCAUCUCUUUCCAUAAGAGAAAUUGUGCUUCCUGUGGUCUCCAGUUAAUAUUUCAAGUCCAUGUGCCUUAGAUUUAUGGCAAAAGCAAAGAUAAUUCAUUUACUAUACUUUUAAGUACAAAAACUACUUUACUAUGACGUUGUUGUUGUUACUGUUGCAAAGUUAAUGUUAAUUUUCAGUUACACCCACUAGGACACAUUUAAGAUUAACCAGAGUUCCCCGCUGUGCCUUCACAGAUUUCUUAAGAUUAUCCGUAUCUUCUACCUCAUAACUCACUCAUUCUCAGCCUCAGACAUCUUCCUAUAGAUAGCUUGAAAAGAUGUAUGAUUUAAUGGAUCCUAAAAUAAACAUGCUAUGGUGAAAAUAAAGGGAAGACACAGCCCCAUUAGCCAUUGCAGAACAAGAGGCUUACAACACUGUAGGUGGGUGUAUAAACAAACAGAAGUCAGCAUGGUAGAACAAAAACUUCUCAGCAAAAAGGCUCUGAUUGGAUCUGAUUUUGUAUUAGCUUGGCAAAGCAAAAGUUUGAUCACUUGUGCGCCAAAGUGUAAAAGCUAGCUCUGAUACAUUCAUUCUAUUGAGCAUUAAGAUUCAAGUUGAUUACAUCAACCAGUUCUAAUAUUUUCUGCAAGUCUAUCUUACUUCCACUUUCUUGGUUUUUCUCCUUAAUAACUGAGAGGAUUUAGACAUUCUCUAUUGAGACUUUCAAUGGUUUCAUUUUCUAUUUUACAAUAUGCUAAUAGGCAAAAAUACCUCAAUUUAAGGUAACUAGUCAUAGCAGAUUUUGGUAGCAGCUCAUAAAUUGUUUUCUGUUUCUGUCAAUACAUUUUGUGUAAUUUUGUGUUUUAAAAGUCCAAGCUGAAUGCGUAUAUGUGUACUUAUGGCAUUCUUUGUAGGAAUAAUUCAGUUUUGUAAAAGUAGCUAUUUAACAGAGUUAAAUGUAGAUUAAUGUAAAGUUCCUAAGGAAGUAAAGUUAUCAAGUUAAUUUCCAGAAUAUAAUUUAUUUUCUUAUUUCUCCUAUAUUUAGUCAU